UCUUAACUUUGGUGUUUUUAGAUCGCUAUCUAACUUGUUUGCUGUUGGGUUUUGCUUAUUUGUUUCUUUUAGCUUCAGCUUUCAAGGUUUUUUUUUUUUUUUUCUUUGGUUGAUUUUUAGUAUGUUUGCAGAAAUGGGUUUCUUAUAUUUGUCUACAUUGGUUCAAGUAUUUGGUGUGGUAAAGUUCAUGCUUUUUUUCCUCUUUUGCUUGAUUUGAUUUCAUAUAUGGCGUGGUCUUGGAUUUUGCUGGGGUAUACACGGAGAGUGGAUUUUGGGAGUUGUCGUUUGGUUUUCACGUUCGUUAUUUACAUACAUCAUCGUUUGGGAUUUUACGCUUAAAUGUUCUUAACUUAAUUUUGAGUUAUGGUUAUUUAACUAGAUUUCUAGUUAUAUAUGCAUAUUCUGGUUUUCAGACUUCAACGGUAAAAAAAAAAUAUAGAGAUUUUGCACAUUGUUUAUCACAUGUCAAGUUCGGAACUUGAAACUUUAGUUAGAGUCAAGAUGUGUGUUAUUGAUACGAAUCUUUAAAUAAUGGAAAAGGAAACAAAGUUAGCAGAGUAAACAGAGUAGGAGAGAGAAAGAAAUGGUGAGGGAGUGAGGUGGAGUCAGAUUUAUGCUUGUGUGGUGACUACAAUUUGUGAAUUGUUUAGUGCAGAGUGCCUGUUGGCUAUGUCUCCUGGGCUGAUUCAUUUUGCCCGGACUCCAUGGGCUUUGCCGCCGAUUUAGGCAACAGCCAUUUCUUUGGUUUUCUUGAUAUAUAAGAGAUCCUUUACUUAAAAAAAAAUAAUCAAUCCCAUCUUCUCAAUUAUACCUUGAAAACACUUUCUCUCUCUUAGUCACACUUCCUGCCUCGGUUGCUGUCAAGAUUCGGUCAUACCUUCGUGGCAUAUAUCUUUCAGACCCUAUUUUAGAUCCUUAGUGACUUUCAUUGAAGCUUGGAGAGUCUCUGAUAGUUCAGGAAUUCGGUCCCCACUCCUGUUGUAUUCCAAUUCUAGGAAUUUCUCCUCGAGUUGGGGUUAUGUGUUGUUUCGUUUAAGAAUAUGUGGCAGUGAGCAUAAGUCUUAAGUUAUUUGGUUUAGGAGUGGUCAAUUCAGUAGCAGACUUUUUUUUUUAAGGUGGCUGAUUUAGAUUUUUUUGUCAAAAUGAAGUUCAUGAAACUCGGAUCAAAGCCAGAUUCAUUUCAGACAGAUGUGAACAAUGUCAGGUCUGUGGCUAAUGAUUUGGCAACUGACUUUAUCAUUAAUGUUGGCGAUGUAAAGUUUUAUCUGCAUAAGUUCCCUCUUCUGGCAAAGAGUGCUCGCUUGCAAAAGUCAGCUACAACCGCCAAUGGAGAUAACUGUGAUGAAGUUGACAUUUCUGACAUUCCUGGUGGUCCUGCUGCCUUUGAGAUCUGUGCCAAAUUUUGUUAUGGAAUGAUUGUGACCCUCAAUGCUUUUAAUGUUGUUGCGGCUCGGUGUGCAUCAGAAUAUCUUGGAAUGCAUGAGACCAUUGAAAAAGGGAACCUUAUUUACAAAAUUGAUGUUUUCCUUAGCGCUAGCAUUUUUCGCAGCUGGAAGGAUUCAAUUAUUGUUCUGCAGACCACAAGGUCAGUGUUACCACUUAUUGAUGAACUGAAGGUAGUGAGUAAUUGUGUCGAUGCUGUAGCUACCAAGGCCUGCUUUGAUAUUUCAAAAGUUGACUGGUCUUAUAGCUAUAACCGGAAGAAACUGCCAGAGGAAAAUGGGAAUGAUCCAAAUGUGAAUAGUAUAAGAAACCGAUCAGUGCCGAAGGACUGGUGGGUUGAGGAUUUAUGUGAUCUUGAUAUUGAUUUGUAUAAGCGAGUUAUUUUGGCAAUCAAAUCCAAGGCUAUACUUUCUAGUGAUGUGAUUGGAGAAGCGCUGAAAGCUUAUGCUUAUAGAAGAUUGCAGGGUUUAAGCAAGGGUAUGGUUCAGUGUGGAGAAGCAGUAAAGUACAAAUCAACAGUUGAUACAAUUGUGUGGCUGUUGCCUGCUGAUAGAGGAAGUCUUUCUUGUAGUUUUUUGCUGAAAUUAUUAAAAGCAGCCAUAUAUGUAGACCUUGGGGACAUGGCUAAGGGACAGCUAAUUAGAAGAAUAGGGCAACAACUUGAGGAGGCUUCAAUCCAUGAUCUUUUGAUACGAACAGCAGAAGGGGAGAGCAUGAUGUAUGAUGUUGAUACAGUAAAGAAAAUAGUAGAAGAGUUUCUUAUGCAAGAUCAGAAUGCUGAGGUUACUUCAUUGGAAGAAGGUGAUGAGAUACAGGAGAUAAGAAGACCAGGGAUUUUGUCAGAUGCCUCCAAGCUCAUGGUAGCAAAACUCAUAGAUGGAUACCUUGCAGAAAUUGCAAAGGAUCCUAAUCUACCCUUCUUGAAAUUUGUUGAGCUGGCUGAGCUGGUAACUGGUAUCUCCCGGCCUGCUCAUGAUGCACUUUACCGUGCAAUUGACAUGUUUCUCAAGGAGCACCAGGGGAUAAGCAAAGGUGAGAGGAAGAGGAUAUGCAAGUUGAUGGACUGUAAGAAGCUAUCAGUUGAUGCAUGUAUGCAUGCGGUGCAGAAUGAAAGACUACCACUACGGGUGGUUGUUCAAGUACUCUUUUUCGAGCAGGUCAGGGUGGCUGCAACCUCAGGCAGUAGCACACCUGACCUUCCUAGAAGCCUCAGAGAUUUAAACAACGGAAGCUCAAGAUCGGCUGUGACAAAUCUGGAGGAAGAUUGGGAUGCUGUAGCCACAGUUGAGGAGCUCAAGGCACUGAGAGCAGAAAUAGCUUCCCUGAGGACAAGCAAUGGAGAAAGAAAUGGUGGGUACGGUAAACAUAGUAUAGAUAAAGUUACAAGCUACAAAAUGAAAGGUUUGCUCAAGUCCAAGAAAAUCUUUGCAAAGCUGUGGUCAAGCAAAGGAGGAGGAGAAAAGGGUGAGAAUAGUGGCUCAGAUUCAUCUGAUAGUCUUGGUUCUGCUAACCCAGAAGAAGCUAAAUCUACACCUUCAAGAAACAGAAGGCAUUCUGUCUCUUAGUAGAAGUUAACGACUUGCAUAGCGUUUCAUGGUUGUUUUGAUCUUCCUUUCUUUUUCUGUUCUUUUUUUUCCCCCCACUUUUGGGGUUUCACUUGGUCUAAAUUCUAAAUCAAUGAUAUUAACAACUUAGUAGAGUAAUGUAAUUUUGAUAGAAGAAUUUUAAUACAAAAAUUAUCAAUGACAAACAGUAGCAGUAACUCUUGCCAGCA